AUGAUUAGUUUACAAAAAGGGCAAACAAUUUAUAAAAUGCCUUCAUUUGGCUUUUAUACGAAACGAUCCAUACGUACGCUAUUGGAUAUAUUUGUCAAAUUUAUUGGUUUAUUAUAUCCAUCGAAACAACAAUACUUACCACCGAUUACUGAUAGACUACUGUUGGAACCGGCGGUCGAUUUAGUCAAACGGAUCAAAACCGGACAAUUAAAAAGUGAAGUUUUAGUCAAAGCAUACAUCGAUCGCAUCAAAACAGUUCAGCCGCACAUAAACGCAGUGAUAGACGAGCGCUACGACGAGGCGAUCAUCGAUGCCAUCGAAGUGGACAAACGGGUCGCACAUGAACUCCACGGCAAUGAACCACUCAAUGGAGUGUCCAUUCAUUCCCAGCCAUUGCUCGGCAUUCCCUUCUCAGGCAAAGACAGUGUUUCCAUAAAAGGCAUGUUAUUUAUGGCCGGAUGUCCCGCACGGAAGGGUAUCAGAGCCACAAAGGAUGCGCCCGUUUGUGAGCGCAUGAGAAACGCCGGAGCGAUACCCGUCUGUAUGACAAAUGUGCCCGAAUUGUUGCUCUGGUAUAACGCACACAAUAAGACGUUUGGCCAGACAUUCAAUCCCUACGACAAAUCUAUUAUUCCAGGUGGAAGUACUGGUGGCAACAGUUCUCUGAUAGCGUCUGCCGGCUCUCUAGUGGGUAUCGCCUCAGAUAUCGGCGGCUCUACACGAAUACCGGCGUAUUUUUGCGGUAUUUAUGGUCACUGCCCGACACCAGAGCUCGUGCCCACUGACGAACACUGGCCCCCAUAUCCGCCCGGAAGGCUACGGAUGCUAUCGUACGGACCAAUGGUUCGCUACGCGAAGGAUAUUAAACCAGUGUUUAAAGUAUUUCUCGGCGACAAAGUAUCGGCGCUUAAAUUGGAUGAAAGCGUGGAUUUAAGUCGACUUAAAGUGCAUUAUAUGUAUGCAAUCAAUGAUCCACUUCUCACUCCUGUCAGCGCUGAGACCCGAAAAGGUAUCGAUGAAUGCGUUCAACAUCUCAAGAGUUUGGGCGCAACCGUUAAAGAGAUUAAUUUAGACAAAUUCGAGCACUCAUUCCUCAUAUGGCAGUCAUCUAUGAAAGUGGAAAACGUCACCCCUUUUGCUGAAGAGCUAACCAACAGAAACGGAGCCAUUAAUCCGUUUGUCGAGAUUAUGAAAUCAGUUUACGGCGGAUCUGAUCACACGAUUGAAGCCAUAUUUGGAUCCAUUUUUGACGCCAAUCCUCCCAAAGAAGAAGUGUUACGUGAAUUCAAAGCAAUGGCAGAAGAGUUAAAGUCUGAAAUUCAUCAACUCUUGGGAGAUGACGGGGUAUUGCUAUUUCCCGACCAUCCGGACAGUGAAGUCAAACUGAACGCAACUCUAUUUAACUUCAAGAACUGUGUCUACACCGCUGUCUGGAACUGUCUUCAAGUGGCCGUAACUCAAGUCCCGUUAGGGCUCAACACUAAACGCCUGCCUCUCGGAGUUCAAGUGAUCGCCAAAGCUUUCAACGAUCACUUGACUAUAGCUGUGGCCGAGGAGUUGGACACACGGUUUGGGGGUUGGGUUCCGCCCACAAGAAUCGAUUGUUAA